UCCCUUAAGCAAGGAGUUUUUCACGUAAAUAUAUUGUGUUAUUUACUUUCUGUUUUACUUAAGGGAACAGAUAGAGAUCCUUAUUCUCUAUACUGUUUGGUGGACUCAUAUAUUCUAUCAAGAGGUUUCAAGGAUCAGAUUUAUGACAUCUUCCAGCUUUUGCCACUAAAAAUCCAAGUCGGUGUUUUCUCUGCCACAUUGCCGCCAGAGGCUCUUGAGAUUACUCGAAAGUUCAUGAACAAGCCCGUGAGAAUUCUUGUGAAGCGUGAUGAGCUCACUCUUGAAGGUAUUAAGCAAUUUUAUGUCAAUGUUAUAGAGGAAGAGGGCAAGCUUGAAACACUUUGCGAUCUUUACGAGACCUUAGGCAUCACCCAGACUAUCAUCUUUGUUAAUACCAGCCGAAAGGUUGAUUGGCUCACUGAUAAAAUGCGCGGGCGUGAUCAUACAGUAUCUGCUACUCAUGGAGACAUGGAUCAGAACACAAGAGAUAUCAUUAUGAGGGAGUUCCGAUCUGGCUCAUCUUGUAUGCUUAUCACAACUGAUCUCCUCGCUCGUGAUGUCCAGAAAGUCUCCCUUGUUAUCAACUACGACCUGCCAACUCAACCAGAAAACUACUUGCAUCGUAUUUGUCGUAGUGGACGAUUUGGAAGGAAGGGUGUUGCUAUCAACUUUGCUACCAAUGAUGACGAAAGGAUGCUUUUUGACAUAAACAAGUUUUACAAUGUCCGAAUUGAGGAGCUGCCAGCCAAUGUUGAUGAUCUCCUUUGAUGCGAUAUUUGCUUAACUUUUUAUUUUAUUUUUAAUGUUGUUUCCUAUUUUAAUGGUUAUUUCUUCAGAUUCUGCAUAUAUUUAGUUUAAACACUAAUAUACUGGUGGUUCAU